AACAGGGGCGAGAGGACCAACGAGGUUAAAGAACUGAGCUGUUCCCAGCAUGGCUUCCCAAGCUGACUAAACCACUCAAUAGAACGCGCCUCGGUUUUUGUCGUGAACGUCGAGCUUAGCAUCUAGCUAGCAGGCCGUUGGAAGCCAGGAGCAGAAUCAAAACAACAACAACAACAGCAAGCAUCAUCAUCAAUGGUGUGUCUACACCCACGAGCCGUCACAUUGUCGUGUGUGUCCUCAAUGAACAGUCUCCUCAGCUCACAUCACAGCUGCUCAUGUAUGGCAGUUGCAAGGCUUGAAGGGGAGUUCUGCCAAGCCCAGCACCUGUUGCUCAUUGUGGACAAGUGAACCACAGAGACCAGAAAGACACAAACGCUGCCAUUCACAAACACACGCGCGCGCACAAGGCCCUCCCUGCCAUCCUGUUAAAUCACAUGACGAAAUCUUUGGGAAAAGCAGAGGCUUUGUUUUUUAUUUGUGGUCUCUACCUUAUCUCCACUUGCUUUCCAUACUUAUCCUCUCAUGUGCCCUUCUCAACUGAUUUACUUGUCUGAAUGGGCUGACAUUUUUUAAAGGAAGGCUGGACUGAUCUUUUAAAGAAAAAAAAGAAAAGAAAAAUGUAUUUAAUGUUUUCAGUUUUUCCAUCUUCCCCAUUCUAAGAUUUUAUCUACCAUUCAUCCUGUAUAUCACGAAACAGUUGCUAUUCUAUAUUAAGUAGCACAGUGCUGUGGGUGUGAAAAAUGAACCGUCUUGCUCCAGUGGAAAUCUCUUAUGACUGUUUAAGGUUCCUCAUCACGCACAAUCCCACGAAUGCGCAACUUGGAAGGUUUAUAGAGGAUCUAAAGACAUAUGGAGCUAACACCCUGGUAAGGGUGUGUGCGUCUACUUAUGACAAGGGACCAGUGGAACAAGAAGGCAUUCGAGUCCUGGAUAUGCCAUUUGACGAUGGCUCGGCCCCCCCAGAUGAAGUGGUUGAUGAUUGGCUGAGUCUUUUGCAGACAAAGUUUCGAGACGAGCCUGGCAGCUGUGUGGCUGUGCAUUGUGUUGCUGGACUGGGCAGAGCUCCAGUGUUGGUCGCCCUUGCUCUCAUCGAGUGUGGGAUGGAGUAUGAAGAUGCCGUUCACUUCAUAAGACUGAAGCGCCGGGGAGCAUUCAACUCAAAGCAGCUGCUUUUCCUGGAAAACUACAAACCCAAACUGUGCUUGCGCUCCAAAGAUGCUAACGGACAGAGUUGCACAAUACAGUAGGAAUCGACGAGCGCAGCUUCCUGCCACCGUAGGCGGUUCAAGCAUGUUUUGAUGAUGAUGUAUGUGGAAAAAAAUGUUAAGACGUCCUUAAAACAUCUACCGGUAAUUAAGAUUGUCCAAGAAGUAAUUCGACUUGUAAUAGCUUGCAGUCCUGGGGACUUCCCGCUCCAUCGAUUGAGUCCGCAAUCCAUAAUUGGAUAUUACACACGGAAAGUUUUGGAUCUUAAUGUUAUGGUAAAGCUGAAGUACACAUCCGCUGUUCAAAUUAUGUCAAAACAAGAUCUCACCGAGUCGAACUGUUCUUCGUUUUGGUUUAUCCAUCCGUGACGACGUGCACUGUGAGCAGGCACGUUGUCAUGACGAAGCAGCCACGAGUUGCCCCGCCUCAAACGCUUUCCUCUUCUCACGCACCGAACACAGCAAACACUGCAGAAUCUCUUUUUGGGGCUUGCUGGUUGAUUGUCUGUAUUUUGGUGUUUUUAGCUAUUUAGUGGCCACUUACAAGGAAUUCAUGCUGUCUAUUUCUAUACUUAAAAGGAACCCCAACUGUAAUGACCAAUAUGUCUGAAAAUACAACCACUGACAUGCAGUGUUACAUAUUUCUAAGUUAUUCAAGUUUUAACACUUGUUUUGUGUCCGGCGUAAUUUGAUACGCGGCGGCCAUCAUAUGUUUGUGUAAGAAAUAAGGCAACUAUGCGAUCCACCUGCUUGUACUGGAACAAUAGAACCAUAUAGAACAGUAUAUAUUUAUAAUGGCGCCUCCAAGAUGAAAAUCCGCAUCGUGACCACAUUUGUGUCUGGGUCCCAGUCUCCUAAGACCAUGUACACACAAGGACUUUUUAAUAUCUUAAUAGAUUGUUUAUCUGUUACAGACCCCACACACGAAGAUGAAAAAAAUCAAAAAAUACAAAUCACGCAUUUAACAGCGACGCAGCACACCACACACACCAAAGAUCGUCCUCCAAUUACAAAUCUCACGUGAUCCGAUAUGAUCUAACAAAAACGAAGAAGAAAGAAAGCAAUAACCGCAAAGCACAAGACGCAACAUGGAAGAGGCGAUACGAGGAGAGGGGAUGAUGAGGGUCUUGGAUCUAUUUUUUUUUUUUUUUUUUUUACAGAAAAAUCCCAAACUACAAAAGAAUAGGGGGAUAAAAAAGAUCACUGGGGGGGGGAAAAAAAUGGACUUUUUUAUUAUUAUUAUUUUUUUUUUUCUUGCAGUGACAUUAAAUAAGCACCCACGGGCUUCCCACAGCUUCACGAGCUGGGCCUCCAUUUCUGGGAUCCAAAAUGUUGUGUUUUAGAUUAGCACAUGUUUUUUUAUUUUCUUUUUUUAUUUUUUUUUUUUUUAUUUUUUCCCCCCACCCACUCCCUUGUUCCUGAGUCAGGUCACUUCUUGAUUGGUUCCAUUCCGUUUGACGUCACACUUGACAGAGGUCGUGACUCUGGAGUCGUCAGCUUGCCCCACACGUAUGAAGAUUUUUUUUAUUCCCCCCCCCCGUACUUAAUAUUAUCAGUCCCGAUUAUCUUUGUGUCUACCAGGCCUGAGAGAUUUAAGAUUGGCUCAUAUUUUGUGUAGUAAUUAUUAUUUUUUUUAAAAAAAAAAUAUAUAUAUAUAUAUAUUUAUUUAUUAUUAUUAUUUUUUUUUUAAACCACUCAAAUUAGGGGUUUUGUUUUAUGCUUUUUUCCCCCCCUCAGAACAAUAAUUUGUACAAAUGUAUUCCUGCACUAUGGAAAUAUAUAGUACAGUUGAUUGUGCAAUGAUAAAAUGAGACAAAAUAUUGAAGUGUAACAUUUAUCUUAAGGUUUAUGUAUGUAUAACUGUCAAUUAGAAGUUAUGAAAACCUUCCCAUCUGGCAUUCCAAGAAUGUGACAGGUUCGCAAAUAAUUGUGGCUCUGAUAAUGUCAUUGAUAAAUCACUUUUUUUUUUUUUUUGCAUCUAAACAAAAAAUAUUGGCAUUUGUUCCAUUCAACAUCCGCCUUUGGUUAAUACGGAGCAAAAAAAAACAAAACCAAAAAAUACAUGUGGCGCGAUGAAGUCGAGCUUCUUUUGUCAAGUUUGUGCUUUUCACUUGUCACUCCACAUUCAGAUGAAUGUUUUGUUUGUUUUUAAAUGUGUACUUCCAAUCUCUCCUCUUUGACCUGUGUCCAGGGUGUAGCGCCGAUAGUUCAGCGAGGAUUUUCAAUUUUCAGGUGUAUGUCAGGUGAAGGUGAAAUGUAUUAGGCAAAUGUUGCUGUAUUAUAUAAUAAUAAUGUAUCUACUAUUUAUCCCGUGUCAUGUCACUGUGUUUUUCUAUAGAAUCACCUUAUACUGCAAUGGUUUUCCAGUGGUCACCAAGUCUAAAGGGGAAAUUGGUUAAAAAUUGUUGACUCUACAGUGCUGUAAAAAAAAAAAAAAAAAAGUAUUGCCCCCUUCUUGAUUUCUCGUUUGCAUGUUUCUCACAUUUCAAAAGUUUCCAAUCAUCAAACCAACACGUACGGCCAGAUAAUUUUGGAUUGCCCCCCCCAUGACCUUAAUAAAUAAAAUCCUCAUUUAGAAACUGCCUUUUGUAUUUACUUGGGUUGUCUUAAUGAGAUGUUCGAAGUGGCCACUCGAAAAACAUUUAAGUAUGAUAAAUAUGCAAAAAUCAGGAAGGACAAAUUAACUUUUUACUUGGCACUGUAUGCUUAAUGGGGUUUGCGACCUGCGCUCUGUGCAACCAUGUGAUGCAAACACUCCUUGUUAUUGUUCCAACCGUAGAGCACAUCUUUUACCCAACAUGCCCAAGUUCCUUUUCAUCUCUGGUACUCUUUUGGGCAUUGUGUUAAAUGCUGUCAACAAUGUCUUAGUUUUCUUUGCUGUUCCUUUUGAUCUAUUUAUACCUCUUAUUUCACUGUGUUUCUGUGUGAAUUGCCUCCUGACAUUAAACCUGAUAAGUA